UCCCGGCUUAGCCGGGGGAGCGCGGCCUGAGGCCGCUGCUCGGCGCUGGGGUCGGGGGAGCGGCCCAAAGCAGGACCGCUCCCGGCCAUGGGGGGCGAUAGGCUCUGGGGCUGGCCUUGGCCGAGGGUAUGUGGAGAUCACAGUAAAAAGUAGAGAGGGAAGUAUCUCUGGGCUUUUGGAGAGACUCUUCAGCCAAGCAUAACAUUGCACAAAAGGCACUGGAUGAUCAUAGCUAAAUAAUGUCUGGACUACGUGGAGCUGUCCAUGCAAAAUGGAUAAUAGGGAAAGUAAUUGGAACCAAAAUGCAUAAAACUGCCAAAGUGAGAGUGACAAGGCUUGUACUGGAUCCUUAUUUACUAAAGUUCUUUAACAAGCGAAAAACUUAUUUCGCUCAUGAUCCAUUGCAGCAAUGUGCCGUCGGAGACAUUGUUCUUCUAAAAGCUUUGCCUGAGCGGAGGACCAAAAAUGUGAAACAUGAACUGGCUGAGAUUGUUUUCAAGGUUGGAAAUGUCAUAGACCCCGUAACCGGAAAGGCCUGCGCAGGAACCAGGUUCUUGGAAAGUCUAACAGACUCAGAAAGUCUAACUGAGGCAGACACUACCUAUCUAAGUGAAAAGCUCCAUGAACUAAAUGUUUCCUCAACAGAGAAAUAAAGGGUGGGAAGAGGCCGUAAACCGAGAGCUUUACCUCUCAUCUUUACAUGAGGGAUUGGUUGUGCCUGUUGUCUUAGGAUGUAAAAUCUUUUUAUUGUUAGUAACAACAAAUAAUAAACUGAAUUACUUCCAA